CCCGCCUUCUAGGAAAAGGAGUCAUAACCAAAUGAUGCGCUUGAGUUUGGGACACUACAUGCCAGAGAGACGCCGGCAGGAAGACCUGAGCCAGAAUUAGGGGAUCGGAAGAUGGAGAAAUAAGAGACCCAAAGAACGUUGUUCGUUAGCAAGACAAUCCUCAUCUUCCCCAACUGAAGACUCUCAAAGUUUCACCUCUUAAUCAGGUCCAAAAGAGAUGUACUUUCUUUUUGUCUAAGACAAAGAGGAUCACAUGACAUAGCAUUAUCAUACAACAUUGACAUUCAUGGAGGCCAAUAACAGCAACUCCCAGCGAAGACCCAAAUUUUCCACUUCUUCCAAGAUGGAACAUUCUCCUUUGAUUGCAGCUGUUAUGGCAGGUAACAUUGGGUUGGUGGAAAAGCUGUUAGAAGGAGGAGCUGAUGUCAAUGUCCAAGUGGAAGGUGGCUGGACUCCACUGCAUAAUGCCGUGAAAGAAGGCAACAUGGACAUUGUUCAGCUUUUACUAGAGAAAGGUGCUGAUCCUCAUAUCAAGAAAGACAAUGGUGCCACUCCCUUCAUUGUAGCUGGGAUUGUGGGAAAUGUGGAGCUCCUGAAACUUUUUCUUUCUAAGGGAGCAAACAUCAAUGAAUAUGAUAAUCAUGGGUUCACAGCAUUUAUGGAAGCUGCCUGUUAUGGUCAGGUGAAUGCUUUAGAAUUCCUGUAUCAAAAUGGGGCACAAGUGAAUUUGGGGCGGCAAACUAGCGAGGAGCAAAAGAAGCUGCGCAAAGGAGGGAACACAGCCCUCAUGGAUGCAGCCGAACAAGGUCAUAUCGAUGCAUUGAGCAUACUUCUUGAAAAGAUGCAGGCAGACGUGAAUGCCCGUGACAAUAUGGGCAGAAAUGCUUUGAUCCAUAGUUUUUUGGAUCCUAAGAACAAGAAAGUGAAGGAGAUUGUACACUUACUGCUAAAGUAUGGAGCUGAUGUUAAUGUGAGGGGAGAAAAAGGGAAAACACCUUUAAUUUUGGCAGUAGAGAAGGAGGAUGCUGAGUUAGUACAGAUAAUGCUGGAAUGCGAUGGAAUAGAUAUCAAUGAUAAGGACAGUGAUGGCAACACAGCUCUUCUGGUUGCUGUCACGAAGGAUCGAAUCGACAUUGCCCAAUUGCUGUGUGAAAAAGGAGCAAAAGGAGACCAUAAGGAACUCAUUAGGAUAGCUCAGAGGAAGUACAACCAGCCUAUGGUCAAGCUUCUUCGAGAACAUGGGGUCAGUGAGGAUUCCCCUCCCUCUCCUAAGGUCUAUGAACCAAACAGUCAACGGUGGCAGGGUUGCCUGAGGCAUCUCCAUAGCAUAUACCGUCCCAUGAUUGGCAAACUCAAGAUUUUCAUUCAAGAAGAGUACAAGAUUGCAGAAACUUCUGAAGGUGGUGUAUACGUGGGAUUCUAUGAUGGGAAAGAGGCAGCUGUGAAGCGAUUCCGAGAAGACAGUCAACGGGCUCAGCAAGAAAUUAGCUGCAUCCAACAUUGCCGGAAGAACAGUGGCUUGGUGAUGUUUUAUGAGACAGAGUGUGAAAAUGGCUGUUUGUAUUUGUGCUUUGCUCUUUGUGAGAAGACUCUGGAGGAACAUCUGACUGAUCAAGGAGAAGCAGCCUUGGAGAAGGAGGACUUCCAAAACAUUCUCAAGUCCUUAUUUAAGGCAGUGCAAGAACUCCACAGAAGCAACUAUACCCACCAGGACCUGCACCCAGGAAAUAUCUUGAUAGAUUCUAAAGGUGAAGUUUGUUUGGCAGAUUUUGAUAAGAGCGAAAAGUUGGAUGAAGGUCAGCAGAAAAUUAAGGAUGAUCUAAAGGCUCUCGGAAGGCUGGUUCUGUAUGUGGUGCAGAUGGGGAAAGACCCCUUUUCGAAAAUUCAAGCCCAAAGUGACACCGAGGUCAUAGAAGCUUGUAUAACUGAGGAAAUUAAAGAUCUUGUACAAAACCUGCUUACCCCUGGGGAAGAAUUCCAGAACCAACUAAGUGAGACGCUCUCUCAUCCUUUCUUCUGGAGCCACAGAAUGUGUUACAGGUUCCUUCGAGAUGUGGGGAAUGAAUCUGACAUCAAAAGAAGAAAUCAUCGUAGCAAAAUCCUCAAGAAACUCAACAAGUCUAAGGCUUUUGACAAUUGGAGAGACAAGAUUGAUAAAGAUGUCAUGGAAAAAAUGAAUCUAUUUUAUAAAAUACCUGAAAAACGCUACCGGAACACUGUUGGAGACUUGCUGAAAUUCAUUCGGAAUCUAGGUGAACACAUUGAAGAAGGAAUAUAUAAAGAUGUGAAGUCAAAAAUUGGAGAACCUUCUGAGUAUUUUCAGAAGUUGUUUCCUGAUCUGGUGAUUUAUGUUUACAAGAUACUGCGGAAUAUGGGCUACAAGAAGCAUUUCCCCAGUGUUAACAAUUCUUAGCCUGGGUUGUUGACACCACGCCAACAUGACUCUGGACCUGAAGAUAUUUUGUUUAAGUCACUCCUUUCAUACAGCCCGUUGGAAGAAUCCCACUC